AUGAAAGGAAACAGAAUGAAUGUGACUGAAUUCAUCCUCAUGGGACUGACACAGAACCCUCAGCUGCAGAGAAUUCUUCUUUUGAUGCUUCUUAUCACCUACAUUGUCACUGUCACGGGAAAUCUGCUUAUUGUGGGGACCAUAGUUUGUAGCCAGAGUUUGAACUCUCCAAUGUACUUUUUCUUGGCUUUUUUAUCUGUGAUAGAUGCGUGCUAUUCAUCUUCUAUCAUUCCUAAGAUGCUGGCAGAUUUGCUAUCAGAGACAAAAACCAUCUCAUUCCAUGGCUGCAUGAUGCAACUUUUUGUUGAACAUUUCUUAGGAGCUUCAGAGAUUGUCCUCCUUGUGGUCAUGGCCUAUGACCGCUAUGUGGCCAUCUGUAGACCUCUGUACUAUGUGACAAGAAUGAAUCACCACAAUUGCUGUCUCCUAGUGGGUAUAUGUUGGAUAAUGGGUUUUCUCCACUCUUUUGGACAGAUACUUGUUACUCUCUGGAUCCCUUUCUGUGGCCCCAAUGUCAUGGACCAUUUCUGCUGUGACAUUUUCCCUUUACUACAAUUGGCCUGUGCUGACACUUUCCUUCUUGGUCUUCUCAUUGCUGCCAAUGGUGGUGUAAUCCCUGUGAUCACCUUCAUGAUUCUAUUGAUGUCCUAUAUGGUCAUUCUCUUCUCCUUGAGGACACAUAGCACUGCAGGGAGGAAAAAGGCCCUCUCAACCUGUAGCUCCCACAUCACAGUUGUUGUCUUGUUCUUUGUGCCAUGCAUUUAUACAUAUAUGCGACCAGUAACAACUUUUCAUAUGGAUAAAGCCAUAGCAGUGUUUUACACACUUGUCACUCCCAUGUUAAAUCCAAUUAUCUACACUGUAAGGAAUGCAGAAGUUAAAAAUGCUAUUAAAAAAAUCUGUAUAAGAGCCUUGAACUAA